AAACAUAGUAACUUCAAUGCCACCUUCACAUGAUCUCGGUCUCAGUGUCUGUGUGGGAGUGAUGUGGUGAGGGCGCGGCGCUAAGGCUCGUUCCUCGGCUCAAGAACCACACGGGGCAUUCAGCUACAGAAGAGAGGAAUCACCAAAAGCAUGAAGAGGUUCCAGCUAAUUAAGAGUUUCCUGAGCGUUUAAAUCUCCCUUCCCCUUUCCCUUUCCCUCCUCCUCUCGCUCUUUCCUCCUUCCCAUCCCCCUUUUUCUUCUUAACAAGUCUUCGUUUACCUCGCUCUCCUCCUCUCUGCAAGCCACCUUGGGACUCGACGCACGGCUGGAUACACGCAACGCACUUUCCUUCACUACCAGGAACUCCACGUGGUUAUCUAGGUUCCUCCCUAUCUCCUCAUCAACACUACCGCCACGAUGAGUCUGGACAGGCUGGGCCCCUCCUCCUCCCGCUACGUCGACUACACGCAGCAGCCGGGGCCAAGCGGGUACGGGGCCCCUCCCUCCGUCAGUAGCUACGAGUACUCGCCCCCGCAGCGACCCCCGCGGAGGGACAGAAGCCGCUCAAGAUCCCGGGACCGAGACCACUCCAGCCGAAAUGGUUACUCCAGCAGAGAGGUCUACUACAACCCCGGCCUGGAGGUUGACCGCGCCCCCAGUGACCGUGCCGAGAGCGAGUUCACCGUCCGUAACGAAGCAGUGAUCAACCCACAACUGGAGGAGGAGCGGAGGGCAGCUUCCAGAGCAGCCUCGGAGAUCUAUGCCUCCACGCGCAUGCCCAGACCCCACUCGGAGAUCAGUCAGUAUACAUAUCGCACUGGGGGUGGGGCGAGCGACAAGGUGAGCGUCAAGACCAAGACGACGAGGGGCGGGAAGCUGGUGAUGGAGACGAUGACGGCUCCACACCCGUGCUGCCCCAACACUCGUAGCGUGUGUUGCCUGAUGGUGCUGCUCAACCUGGGCCUGCUGCUCAUCACCCUGGGCUUCGUGGUGGUGCUGCAGCUGUAUGACCCCGCCUUUGUAUGGUACAUCGGCCUGUGCAUGCUCAUCUUCGGGUUCAUGACGCUGUUCGGCUCGCUCAUCUACUGCGUGUUUGUAUGCCGGGAGGUGGAGAAGAUGAGGCCGCCGCCGGGAGAGCUGUACUGGACCAACCACUGGACCAAGACGCUCAACAUGCCGGAAAUCCACUACACCAACACGCAGUACAAACCCAGUGACUACAAGGGCUCCGAGUACUCCUUCAAGACAGACCCAAGCAGGACCACGGGCACCACCAGCCGAUAUUGAGG